AUACCUUUAACCUUAAUUUUAAUUAUCAAUUGUUAAACCGGUCUCUGAAUGGGUCAUUAAAUUGUAUAUUUUUAACAAAUGAACCAAAAAAAAGUGAAGAUCAACAUAAUACUAUUAGAUAAGCACAAGUAUAAUGCAAAGAUAAAAUUUCUGACACCUAAACUAAUGUAAUGUAAACAAACUUUCUUUUGCUUCCAUUGCAUUAAUUCCAAAACAAACUCACCUUUUUCUUCCACUUUUUGUUGUUGAUCAUUGUGUGGGGUCCAAUAAUGAUCCAACUCAUUCCUUGUGCAACAAACAACACGGUUAUUUUCAUCGCACCUCUUUUUUCCUUACAAAACGAUUCUUAUCAUUUAAUCAUUUCUAACUAACAAUAAAAAAAACUUUAAAAUGUUCAAAAUUUUAUAUGCAUAUGAUUGGUCAGAGGAAUCAAAUCUUUUUUUUUUUUUUAUUCUUCUCCUACAAAAGUACCAUUAUGCCUAAUCCUAACCGUUUUUGACCCCAAACAAAAUCUCACUAACUUUUUUCUCUUUCUUUCACAAUUCACAAAAAUGCAAAACCGUUUUGUAUAUAAAUCAUGAGUUUGUUAUUCAUCCAUCAUUUUCACUAGUCAUGGAAAACCCUUCACCUUCUUCAACAACCAUAAUGGGUAACACAAAACGUGCUCGAGAAUUGGGUGCUAGUGCUACUACAAAACCCGAAGAAGUUCUUAAAGUUGAACGUGGACGAAGGAAGAAAAUGUCUCAAAUGUUCACUCAACUUGUCACCACUGUCCCUGCUCUCUUACCUACAGCUACUAGGGAAGUGAUUAUAAACGAAACAAUUGGGUACAUUAAGGAACUCGAGAGCAAGAAGAAAAUGUUGGAGGAGAUUAAGGAAUCCAAAGUUGAAGGGAGUUUCAAUUUGUUGGUUCCGUGUCGGAAUAGAAAUUGCUCUGUUUCUGUUACGGUUUCGAACAAUGUGGCUUUCUUUGGGAUUGAAUCGGUGGCGAAACCAGGUUUGGUUAUUGUGAUUUUGGAGGUAUUUUUUAAGAAUCAAGCGGAGAUUUUAGCCGCGAAUGUUUCUGUUAAUGAUGGAAAGUUGAGAUUGGCGAUUACUGCGUUGGUUCAAGAUGGUAUUGAUCAUGGUAACAGUGGGCGUAUUGAGAAGAUUAAGAGAGAGAUUAUGGGUUUGUAGGUUGCAUUAAUGAAUCAUUAGUUUCAUGUUUUGUUUAUUUGGUAAUUAUUUAUGUGAUUGAUAUUGGGAAUUUAGGACCAUGACCAAGUGGCAUGGAUUAUAGUAUACAUGUAUGGAUAUUGAUAGUGAUGAAUGUUUUGAGUAAAUGAAUUAAUUGGUGUUGAAAUGGUUUUUGUGGAUUUUAUUGUUGGUCGAGAAUUAGGAGACCAAUUUUGAUUGUUUUUUACUAUGGAAGGAAAGUAUCAAAGUUGGUUAGAGAAAGAAGAAAGACGCGCUUCAUUAUCCCAAUCAUUGCAUGCAGUGGGAUG